CACUCAGAUUCUUGCCUCCACUCAUUAGUAGUCUCUCUUUCUCUCCCUCUACUACAUCCUUCUCCCUUAUUCUCUGAUGCUAAACUGAUUACAGGGGAUUCACUUAUUUAAAGACUUGAACAAAGCUGGGGGUGUGUGUUUAUUUUUGGGUUGGCUUAGGGCAACAAACGCUGCACGCUGAGCUCACCUAGCCAACCCGAGGGAUCUAAUUACAACCUAUUGCCCUGCCCUGCAUGGUCCAGUACAGGCCAUUCUUUGGACUCUAAGCUCCAUCUCUCCAGCAGCAAGAGACAGCGCAGCAGCUCAUCCAGUGAGGGAGUGACCGAUCCAGCAUCAGACCUGUGCGGCCAUCCGAUUUGGAUUACCCUGGUCCAGCUGAGGUCUAGUUUUCUUACCCAGAGGUCAGGAGCCCCGUCGGGAGCUCCGCACACCAGCCUUCAAGCUGUCUCUGCGGCUGCUGCCUGCCAUCAUCAUGGACAAUGAUGAGGAUGAUGAUGGGAACUUCACGAAGUGGAUGAGCAGUUAUUGGGGUCAUGGGGCUGGAGAGGAGCCGGCCAAAGAAAGGAAAAGGAGCUUCCGCAGGCCCGCACGCUCCACUGCUGACCGCCGCGCUUCUUUGCCCUGCAUGGUAGGAAGCCAACAGCACCAGGGGGAAGAGUCACAACUUGAGGCCAUGAAGCUGAAGCAGUUCCACACUGCCACCAUGCCUCCUGCCCCCAUUCACAUAAAGACCCGUGAGGAGAAAGAGGUGCGUCCUCACACUCACGCUCGCCGCGUCUCCUCAGAUGAAAGCAGCUGGACGAAAGGUGGUCCGGAGGGUCGCAUCUGCACCAUCCCCGAGCUUGCUGAGUCUUUUGAGAGGAGGCUGCGCCUCCGCAACCAGAAGAUCAUGUCUCUGAGUGACGCAGAUAGUGUGUGUUUGAUCUGCCAUGAACUGUGCACUGGAGGAGGAGGAGGGGGAGUAGGAGGAGCCCAUGAACUUCACUGUUCCCACCGCUUCCACAAAGAGAAGGGGAGGAGGUCAGAGCCAGGUGGACGUCCACGCAGCGGGAGUUCCACUGGUGUGUGUGAGCGCAGGAAGGAGGUGCCGUUCUGCGCUGGACAGGAAGAGUACCGCAUGCCCCGCCGCCAACUGUCCCUACGUAGACAACGCUGAUGCACCUCCAUCUGAAGACUGUGAAUUCUCAGAACAUUGCAUUGAAGAGUGGCUGUGGAUCAAGCAGUCAUGUCCCACCUGUCGUGUCCAUGUUGUCAUGCCUGAACCUGUCUACUGGUCCUCUGCCCGAGUUCAGUUUCCCUGAUGACCCCUGCAACAUACACCUGCAUGACCUUUCCUGUUUUUGAGUGGGAAAAGGAACAUCCACUAGACUUUUGCAUGGCAGGACCAUAGUCAGUCUUCCCCAUGAUUAAUGAUAUUAAUGUCCACUUACCAUCUCACUGUUGCAUGCACGCGAAAGUUUUGUGGGUGCAAAUCGGAUGGACGAUUAUCCUGGCUAUGUUUAUGAAGAACAUUCAUGUUUACUGUCAAAUUGAAUGUGCAGAAGCUGAUCUGGACAUGUAGGAUGAGAUUUGGAUUAUUGUGAGCUUUCACUGGUGCGUGCAGUUGUUGCCUGAGAUAAGGCAGCUAUCAUGAAAGUGUGCGUUUCUGCAUCUGGCCAUCCAGAACUCUUAUCCUUAUCCUUAUCUUCUUCUUGAAGCCUAGUUCCAGUCCUACCCCUUCUUCUCCAGUCCUUUUCCCUGCCUUUCCCCACAAAAGGCAAGCUUUUUAACGAAACAGUGAUGCCAAAUGCAGCCUUUUUUGUUACGUCUUUGAUUUCAGUGCUCCUUUCAGUCACAUUAUAUCUUAAAGUGGCACUGAAGAUUGUGAUACGAUUCUGAAGAUAUGUUAAGGUCUUGCAUCUGAACACUGUUGUUACCAUGUUUAGUGCACUAUGGUCAGGUUUCCCAGACACAAAUUGUGUAAGUGUAUUUAGUGCAGUGGUGAUUCAUCAUUGAACCUCCUGUUUUAGACUAGGUUUAGGGUUAACUGUGUUAAACUAGUGCCGAAUGGCCGGAUGUAGUGUGUUUUUCAGAUGUUACCCAAUGAUUUCAAGGUGGCCUCAGCGCCACUCACUGUCAAAUUAAAUGAAGAACCGUAUACAUAAAAUAAAGAAGAUAAAGGUCUAACAAGGUUAAGUGGAAA